GGAGGAGUGAAAACUGCUGCUCUGUAUAGUUUAUGUGACAGCACAGUGAAUGAGCGCUCAGUACACUGGAGAGAUUUGAGGCUCCAGCGCAGAUCUGUAGGUUUAGUCUCACUUUUACCUGAGCUUCACUGCAGCUUAUCUCUCAAGGUUCUCAGCAGAAGCAAGGCAGAAGAAAAUAACUGAGACUUCUAGCAGCUAAUUUUGGUUCUGUGUCUCAGCGUGAACCCCUCAGUUUCCUACUCAUCUGUUCUAAGGUGUCAACAUGCUGAAGCAGGUUCUGUUAUUCAGCCGCUCCUUGGUGCGAAGGAAAGUGGUCGACCUAAACAGCCUGGAAGACUCCAAGCUCUGCCGCUGCUUGGGAACCCUUGACCUUAUUGCUCUGGGAGUGGGCAGCACUCUGGGGGCUGGUGUGUACGUACUGGCUGGAGAGGUGGCCAAGGGAGACUCCGGUCCCAGCAUUGUAAUCUCCUUCCUAAUCGCCGCCAUGGCCUCUGUCAUGGCAGGCCUGUGCUAUGCCGAGUUUGGCGCCCGAGUCCCUAAGACCGGCUCCGCUUACCUUUACAGCUAUGUCACUGUAGGCGAGAUUUGGGCCUUCAUCACUGGUUGGAAUCUAAUCCUUUCUUAUGUGAUCGGCACCUCCUCAGUUGCCAGAGCAUGGAGCGGCACAUUCGAUGAAAUGAUUGGAGGACACAUAGAGAUAUUCUGUAAAACCCACUUCAGCAUGAAUUCUCCUGGUUUGGCCCAGUACCCUGACUUCUUUGCGGUCUGCCUGAUUCUGCUGCUCUCUGGACUUCUGUCCUUUGGCGUGAAGGAGUCAGCCUGGGUCAAUAAAGUCUUCACAUCGAUCAAUGUGCUUGUGCUCUUGUUCGUUAUCAUCUCUGGCUUUGUCAAAGGAGACGCAUACAACUGGAAGAUAACCGAAGACUCCCUUAUAAAUGUCACCAUAGCUACAAGGAACCUGUCCGUGACGGCCAAUGUGAGCAGCGAUUAUGGCAUUGGAGGAUUCAUGCCCUAUGGUUUCAGUGGGACCUUAGCAGGAGCUGCCACCUGCUUUUAUGCUUUUGUUGGCUUUGACUGCAUUGCAACAACAGGUGAGGAGGUCAAAAACCCUCAGAGGGCCAUUCCCACUGGCAUCGUGGUGUCACUGACCGUGUGCUUCUUGGCAUACUUUGGCGUGUCAGCUGCCCUCACGCUGAUGAUGCCCUACUACCUACUGGACGAAAAAAGUUCCCUGCCUAUGGCAUUUGAAUAUGUGGGUUGGGGCCCUGCGAAGUAUGUGGUGGCUGUGGGUUCACUAUGCGCCCUAUCCACAAGCCUAUUGGGCUCCAUGUUCCCUCUACCACGCAUUCUCUUUGCCAUGGCACGAGAUGGUAUUCUAUUCAAAUUUAUGUCCAAAGUGAGUAAGCGCCAGUCGCCUGUGGCUGCCACCAUGGCAGCAGGUACCACUGCGGGUAAGCUGCCGGACCUAUCAUGGGGUUGUAUCGUGGUGUUUUUAUCUUUCUUUUAAAACAAUCUCUCUACAGAUAAUCGUUUGGUGACGGUAACUGCAUGAUAAACUGGGUGAUGGUGUUUCCACAAGCAUGCGACAAAACCAACAACCCAGUUCAGACAGUUUCCAUCUUCAAGGAUAUUGUCUGAUUUUAAAAAUGUUCACCACAUGUCCACAAAUCCAGCUGGCUACUUUUUUGAAAAAGAAGCUAGAAAGUAACUAAAUACAAGUGCUGGCCAUAAUAAUAAUAAUAAUAAUAAUAAUAAUAAUAAUAAUAAUAAUAAAGUUUUAAACAGGCAUGGUUAGGAAGAUACACAGAGACACAGAUAUCUGCUAAGUAAAUAACACAAGUACGGGCAGUUGAUGGUAUUUGUUAAAUAAUUCAAUUAAAAUGCUCCAAAAGGGAACAACACCACAACCAUGAUGGAGACUUCCAGUUAGUGCAGAGGGAAGGUAGCAGGAAUAAAAUAAUUUCUUUGCUCCAGGCUGUACACGUUUCCUCAUGCUGGUUAUCCAUUUGGACAUGGAAGUAAACUGGAAGCAGCUUCAAGUGGCCAUUUGGGCAACUGCAGCUGGCUUAUUCAGCUCUGGAGGUGUUGAAUUAGCUUCAGCUGUACUUUGUGUUUGGGCAC